GGAAUUAGCGGAAAUCUGUCGUUUGCGUCCUCGUUCGCCCAGUUGGGAUUCGCCUUAUACGAAAACAUUCCUUCUACUGCAGGCUCACUUCUCAAGACUUGCCUUGCCAAAUUCGGAUUAUCUUACUGAUACCAAAUCAGCUUUGGAUAAUGCUACACGUGUAAUGCAAGCCAUGGUGGAUUAUACCGCAGAACGUGGCUGGCUCUCGACCACCCUCAAAGUGCAACAACUCAUGCAAAGUGUUAUACAAGCUCGUUGGUUUGAUGAGAGUGAAUUCCUUACACUACCCCAUGUUACCGCCACAAAUGUUCAUCUCUUCUUUAAAAUACAACACAAUUACGAACAUCUAACUUUACCGGCCCUGAAAGAUAUUUGUCGCAAUGAUUACGAAAAAUUAGCUGGACCAUUAAGAGACAUGUUCGAAGAGCCAGAAAUAGAACAAAUCUAUAAAGUUUUACAAAAUCUUCCAGAAAUAUCAGUAAAUAUUUCCAUACAGGGUAGACAUUAUGAACAAAUGGAAGAUGUAAGAGAGAUACCCACAGAUUUUAAUUCGAAUGUUUGGACAAAAAUUCAUCCUAAUGAGGACUAUGUACUUUGUAUUAAUAUGAAACGUUUGAAUACAAAUCGUUAUCACAGCACUGCCAUUCAUUGUCCCAAAUAUCCCAAAGGUAAAAAUGAAGCUUGGUUCUUAACACUAGGCUCACAGGGUACUGAUGAAUUAUUGGCCAUGAAACGCGUAAAUAUACGUGGUUUAAAAGCCUCCAAUCGUAUAACGUUUCAAUGUCCACCACGCAAGGGACGUCUUUUGCUGACUCUAUAUCUAAUGUCAGAUUGUUUGAUUGGUUUUGAUCAACAAUUUGAUUUGCAAUUUGAAAUUGUCGAUGCCAAGGAAUAGCUAGCUCAACAUACAAGAAAUUUUUAACUUAUUAUAAAAAAACUAGAAAUAAAAUUGUAAAAGCA